CUAUAAGUGCUGUCUGCAGGCAGGGUCAGCUUCAUUGCCAACAUGAAGCUCCUGUUGUUUUUCGGAUUUGUGGCUGUUGCCUUGGCUGAAGUCAUUCGCUUUGAGGGAGACAAAGUCUUCCGACUGAAGCCGAGCCUGGAUGCACACGUGACCCUCAUUAAGGAUCUGGCUAAGAGCAUUAAGCUCGACUUCUGGAGCCCCGACAGUGAGGAUCUGGUGACUAUUGACAUCAAUGUGGACAUCCAUGUGCCUGCCAGGUACCUCGACAUGAUGUACACCACGUUGGAGCAGGGUGGGAUCGUAUAUGAGAUUCUCAUCGAUGAUUUUCAGUCUGCUGUUGAUGGCCAGGCUGACAGCGGUGCCUCUCCCAGAGCUCACAGCUAUACCAAGUACAACACCUGGAGUGAAAUCGAGGCAUGGGCCAACACUAUUGCCUCCUCCAACCCCUCCCUGGUGAGCAGCCAGGUCAUCGGAAACACUUAUGAGGGGCGUUCAAUGAUUCUCCUCAAGGUUGGCAAGUCAUCCACCUCACCUAAACCCGCUAUCUUCAUGGACUGUGGCAUCCAUGCUAGAGAAUGGAUUUCUCCUGCUUUUUGUCAGUGGUUUGUCAAUGAGGCUGUCACUACCUAUGGCAGUGAUUCUGCCAUGACCACCCUGCUCAACAGCAUGGAUGUCUACGUUCUGCCCGUCUUUAACAUUGAUGGCUACGUGUACACUCACACAAGUGACAGGAUGUGGAGAAAGACUCGUUCCAGGAACUCUGGCUCAUCUUGCAUCGGAACUGAUCCCAACAGGAACUUUGACGCUGGCUGGUGCACCAUUGGCGCUUCCAGCAACCCUUGCAGUGAGACCUUCUGCGGCAGCACUCCUGAGUCAGAGAUCGAAUCAAAGAAUGUUGCCAACUUUAUCCGCGACAACAAGUCCACCAUCAAGGCCUACCUCACCGUGCACUCAUACUCCCAGCUGCUGCUCUUCCCUUACUCCUACACCUAUGACUUGGCUGCACACCACAGUGAGCUGCUGCAGGUUGCUGAGGGAGCUACCGCUGCUCUGACUAGUCUGCAUGGUACCCGUUACACCAGCGGACCAGGAGCUGCCACUAUCUACCCCGCUGCAGGAGGGUCUGACGACUGGGCCUAUGACCUGGGAAUAAAAUAUUCCUACACCUUUGAGCUGCGUGACACUGGCUAUUAUGGCUUCCUGCUGCCUGAGUCUCAGAUCCAGCCCACAUGUGAGGAGACCAUGCUGGCCGUCAAUUACAUCGCCGCCCACGUGCUGAAGAACCUCUACUAAAAAGUGCGGUAGCCAGGACUCCCGCCCCCUGUAGCUCCACUACAGCAGCCCUUACAACCUCUAACCAAUCUUCUGCCCUGUUUCCAUGGAUACGGCCAUCUCCCGCCAUGUUUUCUCACUGCAUUUGACAGAAUGUCGAAAUGAGUGCAAACAAUAAAAUCAAUGAUCCAUCCCAA